AGCCACUGGGUAUACAUGUCAAUCGCCUGCAACUGCGCUUUCAAAUCAUCACUGUACGUCGGAUAAGACGCUUAUCUGGAUAUCUGCUAGGGAAGAGACAUACAACGGCUGUAUUGUUGUUACUGAAGGAUGGAUAGUUCGGAUGAGGAAAGACCUAUUGCGGGGUCAUUGAUGGAGGAGGCCCUAAAAAUCCUGAAGCAGGAAGGGUUCACACUUCCGGGUGAUGUCGUGGAGACCCUUGAAACAGUUGGGCGCACCAACGCCGCCGCCCGCCAGAGGGGCUCGUUAAGAGGCCAUCGGGUGUGCGAGGUGCAGUCGAACAGCCGGAAGAUGCGCAAUACACGGGAGCACAGUUCCGGUCGCCGACCGAGCGAGGAAGGACCGCCAGAGGACACGGCCACGAAUACCGAAGAUGAACGUGUUUCCAGAUUUACCGAGGCGUCAAAAGACACAAGGAGUCCUUCGGAAAAUGGGUCAAGGUCCUUAAAGUCGGUACUUCAGCGCGAGGGGUCGGGCGACUCAAGCAGCACGUGUAGCGCUAGCACCAUAAAGGAGCGCCAGGUGUCGGGUCAACGAGGGGCGGCAGACUACACAGAUCACUCCUCAUGUCGAAUUUCUUCAGACGGCAAAGCCCGUGGCAGCCGACAGACGUCGCUCGACGGCGAAACGGGAUAUAACACUUCUAUUGAGAACGCGAUGCAGAUCCACGAGGCGAGAGCCGAGAAUCUAAAAAAUUUGAAUAAAGACAUAGAAGAAAAACUUUCUAGAAUACAGCCCGGUGGAAUGAAACGCGAAAUAUCGCGAGACAGUGGCUUCACGGAGGCCUGCUCUUCGCCCUAUCAGAGCCUCGCGCCGCGUCCAACUCAGCAACGAGCCGUGGCCUCGAACUCCGUGACUCAAGACUUUAAUGACAUCGCCGUGUCGAACUCUAACAUAACUGAACGCUUUGUGACGACCGACAAAGGCGACUUGCACUCUGUGACGUCAGUGGCGUCUGAUCACUCGGGAGCGGAAAUGGUGUCAACCAACAAUGAGGUGACAGGGGACGGAACAGUAGUUUCGUCCAGUGCAAGACUUGAAAACCAGGAAUCUAAUUCCACGAUGCUUAAUGUGGUCGAUAAAAAUAGUGACUGCGCCAUUGCUAAAGAAGAGAAUUAUGAAUCGGUGAAUAAAUCAUUGAAAUCGUCAAAGAAAGAUAUUGUUUCCACGACGGACGCUGGGGUAACCACAGCGGCGACGCGCCACGCCCUGUCCGUGGAGCAGGGCUUGUACAAGGAAUCCAAGAAACAGGAAACCUCGGCCAACGGACUGGCUGCUUCCGGUGAAAUUAGACUCGAUCAACAGCUUGCGCGAAAUCAAGAAAUCAACAACAUCGAGACGUCCGAUGACGGGACAUCAACAAGCGAAAAUAAAAACAUACACGAGAAAAGUCUUACGUCCAAAACAAUGCGAGAAGAAAGGUUUGGUUCUGACAACGAUCCAAUUUCCGGGACGUUAAUUGCCUCGCAGAACAUAGAUCAGAAUACCAAACAUUCGGAGAAUGUGGAAACAAAAACGCUCGCAGAUGGCAGCGUUAUCAAAUCAAGCGAUGAGUCGCAGAUAACAAGUGAGAAUGAAUCUUGUAAUACGCAGCAGAAGACAGUUAAGAAGCUGGCGGGAAAAGGUGGCAGUAGUGUGGAAACAGUGAACAAAUCUAGCAAUACCUCUGUCACUGAAUCAUCAAAGAAGCGGAUUGGAACUUCAAUUUCUGACUCUGGCAAAAAGUCAUUCGAAGAAUCGGAAGAUACGAAAUCAGUUUCGAGUUCGUUUUCCGGCCAGUGUGAGUCGACGGAAAUUAAGGACGGAGUAAAAUUGCACCGCACUAUGUCGUCGGAAAAUUCCAGUGAAAGUAAGGUUAAGUCGACCCGGUCAGUGACGUCACAUUCAAAUUCCGUUCGCGGUGUUCCGGAAACAGAUCGGUUCGGACGCCAGCUGUCGGACUCUAGUGAUGAUUCGUCGGUACACACGAACGUGUCCGGAUUAAGUCGCGAAAAUAUCCAGCCUCCGACCUAUGAAGAAACGUUGAGCAACCUCUCUCGCAGCGGAAGUUUGGCGUCCGUGUUUUCCCGUCAGGACAGCAGCGCGUCGUCCAUUGCUUCGUCUGCCGGUGCAUUUAAUGAGCGUCAAAGACAAAAACAGGAAGCAAGAGAUAAUUAUGACAAAGAUACAAAACGACCGGAAAGAAAGGAUAAUUUUAACGAUCAAAGUGGAGUUUUAACGAGGAGACUGAACAGCUAUUCCUCUGAUUCGACGUUAAGCGCUGACUGUAAUGAUUAUAACAGCCCUGUUCGACGAGAGGACAAUUCCUACACACGGUCGUGGACAGCACCCGACGUCGGACAAUCCCGAAACAGACGUGUGACGUUGCAAGGCGCCGGUGAGCUUACUCAGCAAGAUCUAGUCGAGGCCCGCCGAAGCGUAAGAUCUACGCUCCGCGGCCAUGACGACAUGCACCUAAAUGACGUGAAAUCAAGAGGUUCGUUUCAGGAAGUGGACUUUGACUGUCGAGAAACCAAGUCUUUCAAAAAGGAAGUCAUGGAUAUUGUUGACCGAUUUUUUGACGACGGCGACGACGACGGUUUCGGCAUGGGACUUAAACGGCGUAAAAAUCGAACUAAUCGCGAAACAGAGCGUAACAUCCGGGAAAUCACCAACGGAAGAAAUGCACGUGUUAACCCGUACGCUACGCGCGAUGAUUUAAGUGCUUUUCAAGACUUAGCGGAUAACAGUAACACAUUUCAUUCUCACUUUGAUUCGUCUGCUUCGGAUUCCGGAUUUCCGGUCUCCAGAAAUAGCUCCCGUAUCGACAACAGCACACUGAGGCAUAGAGACAUCUCAGAUACAGUCAGCGAUAGCGGGAAACGAUUCUCAAAAUAUAAAACGAGCGAAUCCCAGGAAUAUUGUGACAAUAGGUUAAAUGCUUCCCAUCGUCAGCGAGGCGGAAAUGGAUAUCAGUUUUCUAACACGAUCGUCCCGACAGCAACAUACGACAAUGCGCAGAGGCAGGAGAAAUCGAUUUUCAAAGGAUCGGACGGUCGCCAAUCGAUGUGCAGCAGACGGGAUGAUUUCAGAAUCGCAGACAAAAUUACUAGUGAUAGUAGUGGUAGGUCUAACUUUGCGCGAAAUCAGAAGUAUAACGAAACUACCGGCCAGUUCCGUGUGAAUGACCGGAUGACAGAAAGCGAAUCCAUGCAGUCGCUGCCGUCCGAUGUAAGCACGGAUGAUAUAGUUGAUUUUGACCGAACUCUGAGUUUACCGGAUGUUACGCAGGGGCCGGACGGGCGCUUCAGGGUCCGGGGGCAGCCCGGGGGUGGGGGAGACACCCGAAAGGAUUUGGAGCGAAAGGAGCGCAUAGACAAGGCGUUGUCAUGGAUACGAUCCGAGCUGGGCGUGUUGCGCACACAGGACAAGGUUCUCAUGUCGCAGUUCCAGCGUUGUAACGACUCGAUUGAGGAGCUGAAGCGACAGCGGCCCUGGUACGAAGUGUUCAGUGACGAAGAGGAAGGGGAGGAAGACGCCGGAAGCAAACACUGGCACGACUGGGAAAUAGAAGAGUUUGACCGCGACUUCCUGUCGGAGCGAGCUGGGCGCGGUAGUCUGUUCUCUCGCACGUCCGCUCUCUCCGGGGGUAUCGGCCGCCAGAUGGCGUUCAGCCGGGAGUCGCAGCGUUUCCAAAUGUCCAGUUUGGACUAGCAAAUAGCGGCAGUCGGACCGAAAGCGGCUUAGUUUGUCGUGUGCCAACACAUCGAUGUGAUUUAUUAUAUUGUGUAAUAAAUAAUAUGAGUAUUAUUACAAUAUUAUAAUGUCAAUGGACGAACAGAAAAACUAUUAAUAAUUGCUGAGCUUUUUUGAAACCAUACGUUUAAGUUCGUCAUAAAAUCCCAUGUUAAAUUAGUUUUACACUAAAUGAAGUGUAACUUUGCCAUGCAGCUAUACAAUUAUAGUUUUAAUGUUGUUACAGCUUUACGUCAACAAUUAUUAGUUAUUUGUUAGAAUGAGUGUGAAACAUUGCCUAAGUGCCAUGAUAUUUUUUCGUCAUGUUUAAUAAAUUAUUAAAUUCC